UGCGCCGUCAUUGCAUCAGCCGCCGGGUCCGUGCUGGGCGCUGGAACGCCGGAGAAGGCUGUGUUUUGCUGCUGUGUCUCUUGCUCGCGUCUGGCGCUCUGUCGGAAGACUAGGAAAAGAAGGGCUAGAGUAAGUGUUCCCCUUGGCCGCUUGAGUCGGAGCUAGGAUAUUUCCUUCCCGCCAGGCAAGUGCCUGUAGGAACCGGACCCCGCCCCCUUCCCGACCUAGACUCCCUUUUCCCUCCCUGUCCCUUUCCCACUGAGGACCUUCUCCUUUCCUCUUGUUCUACCUCUGAACCCCCGCGGAGGUCAUGAAGCUUGUGAGGAAGGACAUUGAGAAAGAUAAUGCGGGCCAGGUGACCCUAGUCCCCGAAGAACCUGAGGAUAUGUGGCACACCUACAAUCUAGUGCAGGUGGGCGACAGCUUGCGCGCCUCCACCAUCCGCAAGGUACAGACGGAGUCCUCCACGGGCAGCGUAGGAAGCAACCGGGUCCGCACGACUCUCACUCUCUGCGUGGAGGCCAUCGAUUUUGACUCUCAGGCCUGCCAGCUGCGGGUUAAGGGAACCAACAUCCAAGAGAAUGAGUAUGUUAAGAUGGGGGCUUACCACACCAUUGAGCUGGAGCCCAACCGCCAGUUCACCCUGGCCAAGAAACAGUGGGACAGUGUGGUUCUGGAGCGCAUCGAGCAGGCCUGUGACCCAGCCUGGAGUGCAGAUGUGGCCGCUGUGGUGAUGCAGGAAGGCCUCGCCCAUAUCUGCUUAGUCACUCCCAGCAUGACCCUCACUCGGGCCAAGGUGGAGGUGAACAUCCCCAGAAAACGGAAAGGCAACUGUUCCCAGCAUGACCGGGCCUUGGAGCGGUUCUACGAACAGGUGGUCCAGGCUAUCCAGCGCCACAUCAACUUCGACGUUGUGAAGUGCGUCCUGGUGGCCAGCCCGGGAUUUGUGAGGGAGCAGUUCUGCGACUACAUGUUUCAGCAAGCAGUGAAGACCGACAACAAAGUGCUCCUGGAAAAUCGGUCCAAGUUUCUUCAGGUACAUGCCUCCUCUGGACACAAGUACUCCCUGAAAGAGGCCCUUUGUGACCCUUCUGUAGCUAGCCGCCUUUCAGACACUAAAGCUGCUGGGGAAGUAAAAGCCUUGGACGACUUCUAUAAAAUGCUACAACAUGAACCUGACCGAGCUUUUUACGGACUCAAGCAGGUGGAGAAGGCUAAUGAGGCUAUGGCCAUUGACACAUUGCUCAUCAGCGAUGAGCUGUUCAGGCACCAGGAUGUCGCCACACGGAGCCGGUAUGUGAAGCUUGUGGACAGUGUGAAAGAGAAUGCGGGCACAGUUAGGAUAUUCUCAAGUCUUCAUGUGUCAGGGGAACAGCUCAGUCAGCUGACUGGAGUAGCCGCCAUUCUCCGCUUCCCUGUCCCUGAACUCUCUGACCAAGAGGAUGAUUCCAGUUCUGAAGAAGAUUAGUGAUCGGACCUUAUAAUUGAGACAAGCUGUGUCCCCAUUGUUAACAUAUCGUGGCAUCCUGACAGAACGCUGCAAGGCACUUCGUGAUUCUUACGUGGAUUUCUCAUGUAUUUGGUCACGCUAGGAGUUUUGUAAUUGGCAAGACGUGUUCAAACUAAACAAUAAAUUAAAAGGAAAUAAUCUCCAUGUACUACCAUUUUUAUUAAUUAGGAUAAUUUAUAUAGAAAUUAUGAGUUAUUUGCAGUACUUAAAAACAUUUUGUAUAUAUAAGAAUGCCUUAUAUUCUUUGGGAUAGAUCAUAAAAUCCCAAAUGUCAUACUUUGAAAUAAGUUUUUUCUAAGGAAAAGCCGUACAGUAUUUCAUCAUACUCAGUUUCGACUGCUUAUUUUAAUUCUGCAUAGUGUCCUUGUAUGGUGUUUAAUGAUCCCUUUCCUCCAUUUCCUGUACACUUUUUUUUUCUAAGUGAUGGCCAAAUAAUUUGUAGACUUUUCUAGAAGACAAAUUUAAAAUGGUAUUUUUCUUAAGAGACUUGUUAAAUCAGGCAUGUUACAAGUAAACUCUUGGUGGGUUUUUUGUUUUGUUUCAUUUUACAAUUACUCAUACUUGCUUUGGAGGACCAUAUAAUUCAUUACUUUUAGGUCAUAGAGUUUCAUUCUGCUAGGGAUUCUCAACAUAAGCUAUUUGAGGUGUCUUUAUUUUUAAAAUGCAAUUAAGGUGUGUCAUUUGCUUGUUAUGUGGCUAAUUAGUGCUAAAGCGGAAAGUUGUUCCUGCUCCGGGCUCCAUUUCUUUGCACUACCACACUAUAUGUAUUUAUUUGGCUUAUCCUAGAAAUAUGUAUUGCUGUCUUAAAUUUCUAUGUGGCAUUAGUCUGUGCUUGCACAUUCUUAUUGCAUUCUCUCUACAUCCUAUUUUAGGAGGUGAGAAGGCCUGUUCAGAAAGUUUAAGUCGCAUCAUUUGUAGUAUGUGAUAGUUGACUUGAACUCCAGUACUCUGCUGUAAUGAGGGAGUUCUGCUAAUAACUGAGAGUUUACAAUAUUUUCAUUAUUUUAAGAGUUAGGGAGGGAUCCUUGGAAUGGAAUUGCAUCUUGACCUUUUACAAAACUCAGUUUAGCAAAAUAAUUAGAAAAGGCAUUAUGAAGAAAGAGUGGUAAUUCAGUUUUUAACACAUGAAAUAUAGAAAUUAAGUAAACUUUUGCUUGUCCUUUUCUGUGUCUGGGCUUUUUCUCCUGGGACAAGUGCAAGGUCUGGGGAAUAUAUAUAUAUAUAUAUAUAUAUAUAUAUAUAUAAACUUCUGACUAAUCUGAGUUUACUUUAAUCUGUAAUUAGGAAUAGAUGAUGGAUAUUUAAAAUACUAUGAAGAGUAUGUUAUUAAAUAAUUUGGUAGGAGUAUAGAAAUGAAACUGCUAAAAUUCUUAAUAUGAGAACCUGAUUGAUAAUGACUCAUAUUACCAGUAGAAGUUUGGAGACUUGGGGCGUAUAUUACUCUCAUAAUCUAUGCAGUAACGGUUAUUCCUAGUUCUGUUAACCUACUGUAUUAGAAACAAGGAGAAAUAAAACCUACCCAUAAAUCUGACCAUUUUCGGUCAUAGAUUCUCAAAGUUAGCUGCUUGUUAGCCUGAACUUGGGAGCUUUUGAAACUCGGUACCCAGACUGGAUCCCAGGCUCAGUAACCUUUCAGCCUUAGAAAUGGUUUCUUAUAGCUCCCCAGGUGAUUCCAUUAGGUAUCAGGACUUAGAACCACUGAUUCAGGCCUUGCAAUUCAGAAGUGUGGUCCAUGGAUCACUAGCAGACUAUGGACCAAGACCCUAAGAGCUUGUCAGAAACUGGAAACCAGCAUCAAUCCUGGGCCUUCUGGGUUUCAGUCUAUAUUUUAACAUCUUCAGUUGAUUACUAUGCAUAAUAAAAUCUGAUAAACAUAGGCAGGAACUUAUUCUCCCUGUACUAAUAAAAAUCUCUGGCUGGGAUUGCCAGCCAUAGAGGAAAAACA